AUGGACCACCGCGUCUGCACGUACUAUCAAACCAUCUAUUCGAAUGGCGUCUACGUCUCGCCCUUGCCGCUGCUGACCUUGGUCACUCAUAUAUUCCUCGCGGCAUUCCAUGUCAAUAGCGACCGUAGCAUUCAUUUGAACGACAAUGUGCCGACGGACCCCAUGUUUACACAAAUGUGGUCAGAGCUGGGUCAGAUGCAAGCUUCUGGGGUGAAAGUUCUAGGCAUGCUUGGUGGCGCGGCCCCGGGGACCUAUAGCUUGCUCGGCUCCAAUUUCUCUUCGUAUUAUCCUCCUCUUCGCGACUAUAUUGCCGAAUUUCACCUCGACGGCAUGGAUCUCGACGUCGAACAGUCUACACCCAUCUCGGUCAUCGAACAGCUCAUCACUCAGCUCAAAUCCGACUUUGGUAGCGAUUUUAUCAUCACCCUGGCACCCGUUGCUUCAGCGCUUACCGAGGGUGGAAACCUGUCCGGAUUCGACUAUAUUCAGCUAGAGGCCGCCAUGGGAAGUCAAAUAGGAUGGUACAAUGCGCAGUUCUAUUCUGGUUUCGGCAGCAUAUCCCCCGACACCGGCUAUAUUAGGAUUAUCAACUUCAUGAAAAUAGCACCUAGCAAGCUAGUAGCCGGUGUUCUGACUAGCCCUGCGAACGGUGGAGGAUACGUAAGUACGGAUGCCGUCGUGAGCAGCCUCAAAAUGCUCAGAGCCAUGUAUCCUGACUUCGGGGGUGUAAAUGGUGGUGAUUAUAGCUGGGAAUACUUCAACUCAUUGCCUAACGCCAGUCAACCGUGGCAAUGGGCGCAAGCCAUGUUCAAUGCGGUUCGAGGAACACAACUCGAGGGAGCCAACCCUAUUCCGGUUUCUCCUAGGAAGUCGCGCAUCUAUGCUGCUGCUAACUAG